UAGAAAAGUUUCUGUUAACAGUUCAGUGACGAAAAUUAAACCAUUGCAAAGACCGGUGAUUCUGAAUCAUUCAAUAGUUGUGCAACAGCUUCAGGGAAGUAUUUAGGUGCGCGAUAUGCUGUGAAAGAUGGCCGACAAUCACGUAUGCUCUUCGCUGGUAGAUCAAGACGAGGACUCGCCAUCCGAGACCGAGGAGAAGGAUCACGUCAAAUCUAAGGCCAUCGUGCGAUUCCUGAACGUUCAGAGCACGGCUCCGUUCGCUCGGUUAAAAUGUAACACAGACUUGAACUUGCCCCCCUCGAACUGGCUGAGCAACUCGGCCAAUUCCUAUGGACUGGGAAAGUUUUUGUCCCAUCAGGGAGGGUUCAGUAGCUUCCGAAUGGCUAACAUGUUUCCGGACUGCGUCGGAGGGGUGGAUGUCGUAUCGGACGCUGAGAACAUCAAGCGGCUAUUGAAGUUGCCGUAUUCGAGAAAGAGCGUCAUUUCGAUGAUUGUGCACCGGAUCGAAAAUACCCUGCUGAUAGACGAGUUCGAUGUGGCCAAGUAUUUGCUACGGCAGGACGAAACCGAUUGGAGAUGGUUGAGGUCGUUCAUUUACGAAAACAUUUUGAACAGUCUGAACGAUAACGAUAGGAAAUUGUUGAUCCACACCAAGUCCAGAGAAGCUUUAGCGCAAAAGUACUUGACCUCCAAGUUUUUGUACUAUAGUUUGAAAGCGGAGGAAGAGGAAGGGGAUGGCGAGGGGGAAGGAUCUGCCCAGGGUGACGAUGUAGGCUACCUAAAGUAUAAACCUUUGCCGCUGGCUGGACCGGUGCUUCCGGAGCCGGAUGAAGAUGAAAAUUGCCCAGAUCCUCGUCAAAAGAAGCAUGUGUUUAACAGGAACGUGGUGUGGACAUUUGAGGAUAUUCGAAUGCUUAUCGGCACGGAUAUGCCGAUCUUUGGGGGAGCAAAUCGUCCGUGUAUCAGCCUUCGGCUGAGGGAUGAAUCCAAGCCGAUCAAUGUGUUGACCGGAAUCGACUACUGGUUGGACAACUUGAUGUGCAACGUACCGGAAGUGGUGAUGUGUUAUCAUCUGGAUGGUAUUGUGCAGAGGUACGAAUUAAUCAAGACGGAGGAUCUGCCUCACCUGGAGGAUUCCAAGUUUUCUCCGAAGAUGAUCCGUAACGUAGCGCAGAAUAUUUUGGCCUUCCUGAAGGCAAACGCGACCAAAGCUGGUCAUACGUAUUGGUUGUUCAAAGCGAAGAACGAUGACGUUGUGAAGCUGUACGACUUAACUACACUAUGCCAAAAUAAUGCUGCUUGUGAGCCGGAACCCGAGGAGGAAGAAUCGGAAGACCCCGACCAAAACAACCAGAACCCGUUCACGAUACCGGUAGCAAUGUUGCUAUAUAAUGUAGCUCGAAAUAUGAAAAACUCACCAGAAGGAAUCUCCGCUACUAAAGCAGGUGCAAUCAAAACCCUACUGGACAAUUGCAUAACGCUACUGCCAAAGGAAAAGUAUCCCCAGAUAGUAACGUCCUCGCAUUACAUUUUGUCCGAUUUGUACAUCCCAGCGGAGACGGACCCAGGAUCACCCAAAUUCAACACUGCCGUCGACGAUGAGGACGACGAAUGCUGUUCGCCGUUUGGAGAUCAAACGGCCAGUGCUACUCCUCGGCAAGACGAAUACGCGGAUGAUGAUAGAACCAGAGAUCACCUUGAAGCUGCUAUCAAAAGCAUUGAAGAGACGCUACAGGAAUACAAUGGAGGCGAUGGUUGGAGGUACAACUCUAGGCCUCCCCCAUUGGUGGUAGGAAUCGAGGAACGAUGCGAAAUUGCCUUGCAGCACAUAGCCGAUGGCCUGAGUUGCCUGCAGUACUUCGAUAGUAGCGAAGAGCAAAAGAACAGAGAGAAGGAGAAAGCAGAAGAGAAGCGCAAAAUCUAUCACGAAGAAACCCAUCCAAAUAUGGUCAAAUCGGAGGACCCAAUCCCGUUGCCCUACAGCCCACUGAACGCGCAACCGAAAUUGGCAAAUCCAAACGAGUCGAUUCCGAUGGGUUGGAAAGGCGAUGGGGAAAACGGUGAAGCAGAACCAGAAUCAUCCAAGAAGGGUGCCAAGAAGAAGAUCAAACGGAAGGUCGAGAAAAAACGGGUUGUGAUCGAUGGAACGACCUCCGAAGUCGAUGCUAGAUCACUACUGUUGAAAGGCGAGAUAGGUGUGAUAAAAUCGUGGAACGUUCAUUUGAAAAUCCUACUGUUUGAGAAGGCAUGUCUUACCUAUGCAACGCUUGCCGAACGGUAUUAUGCAGAAGAACGCUACGGAACCUCUCUUCGAUUCAUCUACGCAGCCGUCCGGUGUCAGCAAGUCGUUACCAAGUAUAUUUCCUGUGUGUCGUCCCAGCGAAGCCUCCUGUUGGGUCGAAUAGGCGAUUGCUUUUUCCAGCUGGCCAAGAAGUGGGACGAUAUCGAUCAGUAUCUAAAAGAGUUUGAGGAGGAAAACCAUGUAGAUCAACUAAUCAUGGGCGAAUUGGUGAAGGAUAUCGGAAGCGAUGUGGAACAAUCGCUACCUCUACCGACGGCCAACGUCGAACAGCUGAUGAUCACGAGCUGUGGAUGUUACGAAACGGCUGUUGCAUGUGCUUCGAAGGAUGCCAAGGAGGAGCUCAAUCGAAGGUUGGGCAGUGUGCGGAACGAACUGGGUGUGAAAUAUAUGCACUGGGCUCAGGAGGAGUAUCAGAAGUUUUGGGAAUUGCCUGCUGAGGAAAUCGAGGUGUAUGAAAAGGCGACCAAAGAGAAGGACUGCAAGGUUGAACCACUGUAUCAGGUGCUAGCGAAAAAGUCGUACGAUUCGUUGCAGAAGGGAGUAAUCCUGUUCGAAGCGGUGAAUGAUCCCACCAAUUUGGCGUUCUUGCUAUGCAAUAUGGGACGGUUUAUGCGGUUUAGGGCACACAUUCAUCUGGUUGGUGAGAGUCGUGACAACGUUCAUCUGCAGAAGAAGUUCUAUCACGAGGCAUUCGCAUGCUAUCAGCGUGCUCUGGGGGUGCUAGGAUCGAAAAAGAAAAAUCCCGAUCUCUGGUCCCUGGUGACUUGGGAACUCUCGACGGCCACGUUCAACCUAGCGAAGCAGCUUCAGGACUACAGCGGAGCAGACGGCAACGAUUCCCAAAGCCUCGAAGAGGUCGCGCAGGAAGUGGUGGACAUGCUGCAGAAAGCCCUGAAGAUCUGCGACCAGGAAGCCAAUGGUCCACGGCAAGUACUGUACUCCUUCCGGGCGGCGCUAAUUCAUCACAGAAUCGCCUCCUACUACCACUUCUCCUUCCGAUCGUCCGUGGAGGAACACCGUCGUAAAACCGUGCUACAGCUUUGCAAACUUCACUACGAGAAAGCGGUGAAAAUAUUCGAAAACCUUAACGAACCGCAGGAAUAUUUACAAAUUCAAAUGGAACGAAUUGCGCUGCAAGAAUAUCAAUGCGAACUGGCACAGGCUAUCCCAAUCAAGCUGCGACAUCUGCAGCAAGCGCUGGACCUGUGCAAACAGUGUCGACCCACAAUCGAGUAUUUUUCAACGACGACGCACGCCAUCAGUGCCACCACGAACAACAACUUCAACGGCGACGAAAUUCAGAAACUGUUGGAUCUGCUCGAGAUACGACUUCAGGUUAUACUGAAAACCUUGGCCAAACUGUGCAUGCUUUUGAGCGGAGCGGGUGGCAUCAAGAAAGUGGAUAGCGAUCGGAUGGCUAAUCACUAUAAGGACCUGUUUCGAGUUACCCUUCAGAAGCGCCCGGACCUUACGGCCAAGGAUGCGGCCAAUGGUUCCAACAAUGUGAUUAAGGAGUAUGCCUUACACCUAGCGAAUCAGCUGCAGAAAAUUUGUGAUCUAGAUACGACUGAAAGUUAGUCGUUUCUUCGUUGACACAGAGUCGCAUUUGAUUCGAUUUAAUCCAUACGUAUAUUAUAAUAACUGAUGUAAGUUAAAGAACACACGGCAUUUGAAAUAAACCUAUCUUUAGAUUUGUUUCCAUCGUUUAUGAACUAUAUGAGAUUUAUGUUCUUGUUUUCCUUAACCAUGACUCGCGCAUUGCCAGAAAACAACCUCGCAAGGCUAGAAAUGAAAACAAAAGUCAAGGCAGAGCAAAACAACGGUAAAAAAAUUUGUCUAUCUACCGCUGGGAUGUGUUUAUGAACGAUCAGCGAACACAACAUGCUGAUGCUGAAAAGCCAAUGA